AUGAGCAGCCUGGCCGAGCUCCGCGAGGGCUACGAGCGCUUCGACCCCCGCGCGUACCUGCGCAACAAUUACCUCCCCCCCCGCGCCGACUUCUCCUCCGAGGAGUUCGUGGUGCCUUGGAAGCUGCGAUGCCUCGCCGACACCUUCGCCAGCGGUGAGAUCCGGGGCCAGACCCUGAUCGAUGUGGGCUCGGGCCCCACCAUCUACCAACUGCUGAGCGCCUGCGACCACUUCGAGGAGAUCGUGGCCACCGACUACCUGGCGGUGAACAGGGAGGAGCUGGGCCGGUGGGUGCGGGGGGACCCCGGAGCCUUCGACUGGAGCCCCUUCAUCCAGCACGUCUGCAAGAUCGAGGGCCGCGGGGAGCCGUGGCAGGACAAGGAGCGCCGGCUGCGGGAUCGCCUCCGCCGGAUCCUGCCCAUCGACGUGCACCGCCCGGACCCUCUGGGGGCCCCCCUGGACCCGCCGGCCGACGCUCUGCUCUCGGCCUUCUGCCUGGAGGCCGUGAGCCCCGACCGCGCCGCCUUCGCGCGGGCGCUGCUGCACGUGGGGUCCCUGCUGCGCCCGGGGGGCCACGCGCUGCUCCUGGGGGCCCUGGGCGAGUCCUUCUACCUGGCGGGGCCGGCGCGGCUGCCCGUGGUGCCGCUGGCCUUGGCCGACGUGCGGGCGGCGCUGGCGGGCGCGGGGCUGGCGCUGCGGGAGCUGCGCAGCUACGAGAUGCCCCCGGCGCUGCGCACCGGCGUGGACGACGUGCACGGGGUGUUCUUCGCCCACGCCCAGAAACCCCCCCAGGGGCACUGAGAGGAGCAAGGGGGAAACUCGACCCUGGGACCCCCGGCGGUUGCGUUUGGGGGCGUGGGGAACCCCCGGCCCCGGAAUAAAGG